AGUCUUCAGUUGGAUUCAAAGCGCGUCUCAGUUCGGUUGUUGCCGCCGGUCGCCGAUCACCGAUCAAAAAUACUCCAUUAAGCCAAGUGAAUGUCUUGCAAUUGAAAACCAAAACAAUAUCGUCCAGUGGGUGAUAUGUAAAAGAAACCCGUCUGACCCGUCGUACCAAAAACAAUUUCUCGCUUUUGACUAAAUUCGCCAGCAAAGCCAUCAAUAAAACGUAUACAACAAUACAGCAACAAAAUGCAAAUACUGGACAGCAAAUAAUUUAAAGAUAAUUUACAAAACGCCCGGGGUAAAAACAAAAGAAACACAACAAGUUUAAUAAGAAACAAGUCAAAUUGCAAAUUACAAAGCCAACAAUAUUUCGGAUAAGGUUUUUGCGAGGAGUAACGAAAAUGUCUCGGUCGACGUCGACGUCGAAGUCGCUGCUUAUCGGCCGCAGCUUCUUUUUCUUCGUCACCAUCUGCGGCUGCUGCUUUGCACAAGAUACUUCCAGCUACUAUUUCCCAUCGCAAAAUCGAUUUGUGCCAUCGUCCGGCUCCUUUCCGCGCCAGCAGCCGCAGUCGCUGAGUGGAUUCCGGUCCAGUUCCGGCGGAUUUGCCCCAUCUCCGGGCUCUUACCAGGAGCAGCUCCUCUUCAUAGCCAACGAAAAUGCCAAGCAAUCGCCGGCGGCGGCCAGUUCCCAGUUCGGAGCUCCAUUCGGCGGUAGUUCCCAAUUUGCGAAACCGAAUCGCCAGACGGACUUUUACGAUAUCUCGCCACGCCCCUUUGGAGUGCCGGCGGGGGCGGGGCCAGCGGCAUCAGCGGGAGCAGGAGCGGUAACUGGUGCAACGUCCGGCACGUCGGCGACCAACGGCUUCACACGCUCCAAGGCGAUUCGGAAUGGACCGGGAAACAGCCUGAGCAGCGGUGGAUUCCAGCCUCAGACGCAGCGCAUCAACGUGCCUCACCAGCAGACGCAGUUCCUGGCCCACUUCAGCGAAAAUGGGAACGAAAAGCGUCCGUUGACCAGCAGUCGACCAUUUGGCAACGGCGGAUUCUCACCCACCAGGACACGAACUCAAGCCCCGGUCUCGGCUCUUCCGGAGAAUCCAGCCACGCCGGCAGCCACAGCCUUUAGACCCCGCAAUCGCUAUCAGCCUGGCAGCUCCACUGCAUCCACCACGACCACAACAACGGGCAGUGCGGAGGUGAGCAGCAAGCGGUACAAUCGAUUUGGCAGCAACAGGGGCAAGACCACCAGUACCAGCACCAGUACCACUACCAGCUCCUCCAACCUGAAUACCCCUUCGGAACGUCCCAGUUUUGGCCGAAAGUCACCGAAUCCCCGACGUCCAGUCUUCAUCAGUCGCGAGAUAAACGAACCGGUGAGCGUGCCAGUCAGCAAACGACCCUUUGACUACAGUGCAGCCAGGUUGAAGUUACCCGGCAGACCCACACCUCGCACCACCAGCACCACCGAAAGUGCCGAGCAGGAGGAGGAGCUGGAGGAGGAGGCCCUGGACGAGGAGCAGGAGGAUGAGGAGCCGGAGGGCAGCGAUGAGCAGUACGAAGAGGAGUCUGACGAGGGGGCCACCGAAGAGCAUUCGGAGUCCUCCAGCCUCGAGAAGUUACCGCUCCAGGAGGAGAGCGUUACCCCAGUGACAGUGGCUAAGGAUGAAGCCUCCUCGCCCGCAGUGGAACCCUCCGAACUCACCACCAUUUCCGAAGUUGAGCACGAAAGCAGCACCAGCAGCACCGAAGAAAGCCAAACGGAUGUCUCUGAGUUGAGCCACGCUGAAAUUGAGGUCACCAAGGCAGAGAAUGAGGUCACCAAGGCAGAGAUGGAGGUCACCACUGAGCAAGCAGUGCAAGAGGAGGAGAUCACCACUACCAUUCCACACGAGAACCAAUCCACCGAGGAUCUGCAAGUGGAAGAACAGACUGUGACCACUGAGCCGCCUUUGGAGAGUACGUCCAAACAAGAAGAGGUAGAGAUUGAGGAGCAGAAGGAGGAAUCCAAGCCGGAGGAGCCCAAACCAGCCAAACAAGAGGAGCCCAAGUCGGAGCAAUCCGAAUCGCAAUACGAUGAUGAAGGCGAAGGUGAGGACUACGAUUACGACGAUGAAGAGGGCAGUGAAGACUCCACUAGCGAAGCGGAGCGGAGUCAGGACUCAUCGAAGCCAUCUACACCCGGUGGCGAGCACGAGGAUGAUAGGGAAAUCAUUUCGGUGGUGACCACCAAGAGUGUGGUCAAUGGAUCCACAGUUCUGCCAGCUCCGGUUACGCCCAGUUCCAAUGCCAUAACGGAAGAGGAGGACCUGAAAGUCGAGACCACCACACCCGUAGCCCUGGAAGAGGAGAAGGGUGGCAAUGCCACGGAGAACUAUGUGGUUGUGGCGUCCAUCCAGCCCAGUCGCAGUAUUAAUGGAGCCAGGUUCCUGCCUUUCCCGGCCAUCGAGCAGGAGGAGACCAAGCAGACGCUCUCCGAGCUGGAGCGCAAGGUGCACUCCAAGCAGCAGCAGACGCCGGCUGUGAAGCCAUCGGAGGGCAGCGAGGAGGUGGCUCCGGUCAGCUCCUCCUCCUCCUCCUCAACCUCCGUGCCACCCCCAGUGGCUGCCUCCACAGAGAGCAUCAUCGACAAGCUGGACCGCGUCCAAUCGGAGCUCUCCAGUGGCCUGCUCUCCGGCAAGUAUCCCAUAAUCAGUCAGAUGGACUCCUCCACACCUGCCACUAGUACAACUGUGGGCACAGGCAGCGGAAAGUUCGUGCCCCACAUCAGGAAGUACCAGCCCAGGACCACUUCUGCUCCCACCAGAACCACAAGCAGCAAGUUGAAGGUUCAGCACUUCGACGAUGGGGAAAUGGAUGAGCUGGCCACCCUGCUGCCAGUGGGUUUCAAGCCCAGGCCAAGCUAUAAGAACCGCAAGAUCACCACGACCACUUCCACAACAGAGGCACCACCUCCACCUCCAGCUGAGUUGGCAAAGUCCAAGCCGGGACGCAACUCCACCAUCAGUCGAUCGUUCAAGAGUGGUCAGGUCACUGUGCAGGAUGUGGCUCAGGCGGGCCUCCUGCCCAAGGGCUAUAAGCCACCAAGGACUAGCUCAACGACGACCACCACGACCACCGAGAAACCUUCCUCCGGCUUGGAGAGUCUCUUCAGCGAAAUACAGUUCGAUGAAAAGUUGGCUUCACUCCUGCCCAAGGAUUACAAAUUGAACAGCACGCCCAGGCCGAAGGAGAAUACGACCACAACGAGUCCCUCGACGACUCCCAGAAAUCUGCCAGUUGCCGUGCCUUUCGAUGACUUGAGUACGUUCCAGUUGCCGCCUGGCUACAAGCCUCCCGAGGUGAAGACACCCAAAGAGCCCAAGUUGCCCUUGGGAGUGACUCCCAUUAAAAUAGAUAGCUUAAAAGAUCUGCUGCCACCUGGAUUUAAGCUAAAUGAAACUGAGAGCGAAAGCAGCGAUGAGAUUCCAGCUGCACUGCUGCCACCUGGCUACAAGUCCAAAAAGUUGCAUCCCGCCUCGACCACCAGUACAACCAGCACUACAACUACAACGAGUAAACCCAAGGCGGUGGCUACCAGCACCACUGAAGCAGCGGAAGCGGAAAGUGCAGGAGGAAGCGGCCUGAAGGUGGUGUUCCCAAAGGGCUUCCACAAGCGACUGGGUUCGCACCGACUCACAACACCACAUCCCACGGCAGAGGGAGCAGCCACUGAAUCCUCGAACUCAAACCUGCAGGUGAUGAUCAAAAAGGGUCCACCGACAAGAGCCACCACCGAGUUCACCGGCUGGCCAACUCCACCCACCACCCCGCUGUCCAUUGACAAGCUGAACGCCCAGACCAUCAACUUUGAGGACCUUCUGACCGCCAGUGGAAGCAGCAGUACCACCAGCACCACGACGACUUCAACCAGCACCACCACCACGACGACGCCGCGACCCACGAAACCGGGUCACUGCACCGCCGACUGCGACCUGGCUGCCACCAUCAAGAUCAUCGAUGGCGUGGCCUGGAAGCCGGAGCUCCUCGAUCACAACACCCUGGAGUGGAAGAAUCUGGCCCACGAGCUGGAGGCACAGCUCAACGAUGUUUACUCCGGUGCCCCUCAACUGAACAAGUGGUACAAGAAGGUGCGCAUAGACAGCUUCAGCAAGGGCAGCGUUCUGGUCGACUACUAUGUGGAGCUGGCCAACAUAACCGAAGAUGUGGAUACCCUGGAGAUCCGCCAGCUGUUCCACGAUGCCCUCACCAAGCCAGCGACUCCGGUUCUGCCCGACAAGGAUGCCCAGGAAAAUGAGACGGACAGUGUUUCGGGGCCGCAGGAGGAGCAGCUGGUCACGGCCAGCUAUCAGAUGGGCAAAUACAUCAUCGAUCCGGUGGCCACAGAUUUUAGUGUCAUAGCCAAAAAUGUUCACAGCAAUGUGGAGGUUGCUGAGGAAGAUCUGCUCAUUCCGCAAUGGGCGAUUGUGGUCAUAGUGAUUGGAGUGGGUUCUCUGGUGUUUGUCGUCAUCUUUGGUGUCACAGUGUUGCUCAAUCGACAAAAGAGGGCCAAGAAAACGCCCAUACCUCUGACCAAUGAUAUGCUAAACGAGCUGAAGGUCAAUCACAUGGGUGGUGCGGACAACUAUGGCGUGGAUGACUUUUAUAACAUAGACGAUCCCUGGAACGAUACCAAGCAACCUAUUAAGCCGAAGCGAUUCACCAACUCCAUGCACGGCAGCAACAGUUCCAACAUCUACGACAGCUGGCGCUCCACCCGCCAUGCGCAUACCAGUGGGGAUUACUUCUACGACCAGCAGCCGACCUAUUCGCAGAAGGGCGACUCGCUGAAGAGGCCGCAGCUCCAUCAUGGAAACCACAGCAGCCACAGGGAGUAUCCCGCCAACAACCAUCACCACCAGGCGCCUCAGCAGCACCAGCAGGCGUACGGACACCAGUAUCCGGAUGCCUUCGCCGAUGCCCACCAGAUGUAUAGCUACAACAACCACGCGAGCCGGACGCGCUAUUCCCGCGACUAUGAUCCCGACUUUUGAGCGGGAUCUCCAGACUGGACUGGACUGGACCAUCCAUCCGUGCACUAGCUUUAGAGUAACUUGCGAACGAUUUUGAGUUGUAACUUAAUAGCGUAAAGAAUCGUAGUUGUAUUGCUGAUACAUAAUUUAUCGUACUGCCUGCUGGCUUGACUCAAAAGUCGACCACUUUUCAGUACCCACAGCCAGCCGUAGUUAAAAACUAAGCUAAGCUAUCUACUUUUGUAUACUUAAUGGAGCUGCUAUAUCUGGAUGCCCUACACUUCCACUUAAUAUACGUAUGAAGGAAAGGCUUCUGAAUAGAACUUUGGGGCUUGCCCCCCGGAAAAUAAAUAGUCAUGCACUCUUAGUUAAUCCUAGGUCGUAUGUAAAACUAGAAACACUACAAUAUAUACUUUGUAUUACUUGAAGUACUGGCGGCUUGCUAUAAUACUAAUGAUGUCUAAAUCUAGGCAAAAUAAAUACAACAUUAUAUAUAUGGA